AUGAAUUCAUUUAAUAUUGAAGUUUCGUAAAUUCAAUAAAUAAAAUAAAUAAAGUAUCUUAAAUUAUAUCAAAAUAGAAAUAGAUGUCAAACAAAGAACAUCCUUUUUUAUAAGUUACAUCAUUUCUAAUUAGUACAAUUAAUCAAUUUAAGAAAUCCUUUAUUAUAUACUCUAAUAUUUAAUCAGUAAAUACUCAAAUACAUCAUUUAAUCAUUUAUUGUGAUUCAAAAAGCUUAAACUGAUCUUCUAUGCAGAAAAAUUUUGAUGAUUGGACGAGUCACAUACCAUAUUGAUCAAAAUAUUAUUGAUAUCAUUUAAGUUCCUCCAUUUCGAAAUGAAUUAUGUUAUCAUUAGAAAAUUUAUAACAAUAUAAAUGUGUACUUUUUAUUGUUAUAUGAUAUUGUAUUUCAAAUCCUAAGUGUGUCUUGA